GUCCUGUCCCAUGUCCCGGUGUCUCCCUGUCACUGUCCCCUGUCCCCUGCCUCACUCCCCAUCCUCGGGCACUGUUGGCGGUGCACGCGGGUGUCCCAGGACGUGUCCCCGUCCCUGUCCCCAUCCCCAGACAACCUGUCGUACAUCGAGCACAUCUUUGAGAUCUCGCGCCGCCCCGACCUGCUGACCAUGGUGGUGCAGUACCGCACGCAGGUGCUCAAGAUCUCGGAGGAGGACGAGGUGGACACCAAGCUCACGCGCAUCCCCAGCGCCAAGAAGUACAAGG